UCCCGCUUAAUAUCGAUGCACUCAGGGCCACGCAGGCCACGAAUUCAACGGACAUGUAAACGAGAAAUUGUAAAGAAAUAUGAGUAUCAAGGCGUGUCCGGUACCUAUAUUAAAACGAGACUCUCGUACGUUUCGCAAAUGCUGGCGAUACAAUUACACACGCCUCUGUCACCAAUGGGGCCGUCGUCGCCGAGUCAGGAGGGUCUAUUCACGGAUCUUCGUCUUUUGUCCUUGGAGAAGCAGCUCAAUAUCGAACUCAAGGUAAAGCAAGGGGCGGAAAACAUGAUUCAGAGUUUGACAAGUGGUAGAGAUAAAAAGUUACUGCAGGAGGCUCAACAAAUGCUUGACGAUUCUCGCGCCAAAAUCGAGUUCCUACGCAUGCGAAUAAUGAAAGUGCGGCAAGCUCGUCAGCAACAGCAUGCACGCGAUGCUCCACCACCAAAUGGCGAGACAACUAGCAAUAAAGAUAGGUACGAGCCUAGCUUGGAGCUCGCGUUGGAGGAAAGGGUGGAGGAACUACGACAUCGUUUACGGAUCGAAGCUGCGGUUGUAGAAGGGGCUAAGAACGUGAUACGUCUUUUACAAAGUGCCAAAGUCGCCGAUAAGAAGGCCUUAACGGAGGCUCAAGCAAGUCUGGCAGAAUCAAGUAGAAAAUUGGACCUAUUGAGAUUAUCCCUUGAACUUAGAAGACAAGAAUUACCACCUGACAGUGGUACUGCUGCUCAAUUGAAGAGAGAAUUAGCUAGUGUACAAUCUGCUAGCCCGGUUCCUGUAACCUACACCUCGCUACAACCGUUUCGUGGUCCUCUGGAAGGUAAAGCUACAGUGCCUGCAUCGGUUUCAAGAUGUGCUGCUGUAACUGGACAAUUAGAGGUAAGAUUAAUGGGGUGUCAAGACCUGGCAGAAGAAGUGCCUGGUCGCACAAGAAGAGAGCACCCAGCAAGUCCGGAUCUACGUAGUUUCGUUAAAGGUGUUACAGGACGCAGUUCGAGCAAAUCGUACAGUGUUAAAGAUGAAACAAGUAAUGAUAUCAUGGCAGUUAUUAAAUUGGAUAAUCAAACAGUAGCACAAACUAGUUGGCGACCGUGUUCCCAACAAGCUUGGGACCAAAGGUUUUCCAUCGAACUAGAUAAGUCGAGAGAACUUGAAAUAGGCAUUUAUUGGAAAGAUUGGAGAUCUCUUUGUGCUAUAAAAUUUUUACGUUUAGAAGAGUUCAUCGAUGAUGUGAGACACGGAAUGGCUCUACAAUUGGAGCCGCAAGGUCUUCUCUUUGCUGAAAUUAAGUUCUUGAAUCCUAUGAUUUCGAGAAAACCUAAAUUACAACGUCAACGCAAGAUCUUUAAGCAACAGGUGAAGAAUUUCCCAAGAGCUAAUCAAAUGAACAUUAACGUUGCAACCUGGGGUAGGCUGUUGAAACGAUCAGCUCCUUCAUUACACAAUACAAGAAACUCCGAAAGUCCGCCAUCUGGACCUCAACCUUUGCAACUUGUUUUUGAUACUUCGUUAGAAGAUAAACCCGAAACACCUGGGGAAUUGCCUGAUCCUGAAAAGGGAGGCUUAGGUGGAGCCAGACCUUUAGGACUAUCAACUUCAAGUAGUAGUCCUACACUGCCACGUCCUCCAGAACAUCCUCCUCCACCACCACCUACAGUUACAAAGAAACCUUCAAUGCCUGCACCUCCACCGCCACCAAAAUUAGAUCAAGAAUUACAGAGUGCAUUAAGGGAGUUUGAUUUCCUGCACAACGAGGAAAAGGGGGGUCCUCAGGGGGCAAAUUUGAGGCCUCUUGUAACAGAGCCUCGUCCUGUGCUGAUUGCACCACCCUCUCCACGCACACCCUCGCCCCAACCUGUCGUCGAGUUUCCUGAAGAUGAGGUUGUAUAUGAAAUGCCGAACAAGCCUGCUCAAUAUAGAGACAGUGCCUACGAGUCUAGAAGACACUCGCAACUUACUGGAAUGACUAUAGAAAACUUUAGACUACUAUCAGUUCUUGGCCGUGGUCAUUUUGGAAAAGUAAUCCUAUCGCAAUACAGAAAUACAGGAGAAUACUUCGCAAUCAAAGCAUUAAAAAAAGGAGACAUAAUAGCAAGGGAUGAAGUAGAGUCAUUACUUUCAGAGAAGAGAAUAUUUGAAGUUGCCAACGCUACACGCCAUCCUUUCCUUGUAAAUUUAUUUGCUUGUUUUCAAACUGAGGCACAUGUGUGUUUUGUAAUGGAAUAUGCAGCUGGAGGAGAUCUUAUGAUGCAUAUACAUGCAGAUGUGUUUGGAGAGCCACGAGCUGUAUUUUAUUCAGCGUGUGUUGUGUUAGGGUUGCAAUACUUGCAUGAAAGCCGAAUUAUUUAUAGAGACCUAAAAUUAGAUAAUUUACUAUUGGAUACAGAAGGAUAUGUAAAAAUUGCGGAUUUCGGUUUGUGUAAGGAAGGAAUGGGAUAUGGAGAUAGAACAGGAACAUUUUGUGGUACUCCAGAAUUCUUAGCUCCUGAGGUUCUUACUGAAACAUCAUAUACACGGGCUGUUGAUUGGUGGGGACUUGGUGUAUUAAUAUUUGAAAUGCUCGUUGGUGAAUCACCAUUCCCUGGUGAUGAUGAAGAAGAAGUUUUCGACUCCAUUGUGAACGACGAAGUUCGUUAUCCACGAUUUCUUUCGUUAGAAGCAAUUGCAAUAAUGCGUAGGUUACUAAGAAAAAAUCCUGAUAGAAGAUUGGGUAGUAGUGAAAGAGAUGCUGAAGAUGUCAAAAAACAAGCAUUCUUCAGGCAUAUAGCUUGGGAUGAUUUACUUUUAAGACGCGUAAAACCACCAUUUGUUCCAGUAAUUCAUUCUGUGGAAGAUGUCAGUAAUUUUGACGAAGAAUUUACAUCAGAAAAGCCACAAUUAACUCCACCUAAAGAUCCUAGACCACUUAGUGAUUUAGAACAAAGUCUAUUUAAAGAUUUUACAUAUAUGGCUGAUUGGUGCUAGCCAUAACAACAAUGUUAAUUGUCUUUUUGUUAAAUUUGAUACGCAAAUCAUUUAUUAUUAUAUUUUCAACAUCAUUUUAAGGGCAAUCAAAUCACAAUUAAUAACACUGUUAAUUUCAUAUGUAUUUGUUUAAUUUUCAGAGGAUGUUUAAAUUGUACAGAUGUUUUACUUUUAGUAUCACGAUAUAAUCAGGCAUAUAGAAUUUAAAAAAUUAUGUUCAACAUACGAAUCUCAGGUUUUUAAUUAAUAUGUAUGAAUGUCAGACUUUUAACUCGUAGUUAUACACUCAUCACGAUUGUUUCCAAUACGCAAUGUAGUGAAUAAUCAUAAUUUAAAAUAUCUGGAUAUAAUAUUCAGAUUUAAUCAACUGUAUGACCAGAAAAGAAACAUAAAUUUGUAUAAGUAAUUUCGUAGCAUGUUCAUAUUUUGAUAAGAAACAGCAGUUUGGAAUUUAAAUUUUUAAAGACUUAUACCAUUUAAUUAAAAUUCACUAGAUGUCGUAAUUAUGAUUUGAAGUAUUGACCAAAUAUUUGAAAUGAUAUCUGUUUAAAAUAUUAUUUCACAAUUUUCACUUAGCACAGUCAUUUUUAUAUAGCUUUCAAGUACUCAACAACAAUGUCCUUAUAGAAUAAAGGAUAUUCACUGUAUAAACAUAUUAUAAUUCAUAAAGUUGCAGAAAAUAAAUCAAAACGUAGUUGUAUUUGCUCAUGCUCAUGUGAUAGGGAAUUAAAUGAAGAAAUGGCACUAUGUAUAACAAUGUUGAUCAACAUAAUGACAAGUUAACACUGGACGCAUUAAUUAUAUCAGUCACGUGUACCUAAUUAUUAACACGACCAUUUAUUUACUUAACUUGACAGUGUCCCUAUGUUAACCUUUCUUUUUUAAUGAACAAAUUUUUGCAGGUCUGAUUCCUAUAAUCCUCUUAUCCAUUUUAUUGUUUUAACUAGUUAUAUAUCUUCAUGUUUUCAGUAUGUGAUAGAAUACUUGUGGUGUUCUAGUGCUAUACCUUGUAAAUAUGUAACCAAACAUUGAAAAGUAAUAAUGAAUAAGAUUUAUAAGUACAAUAGUUUAGCUUGAUGUAUAACACUAUAUCAGAAGAGUAACAUCUCAAGUUCAUAUUAGUACACUGCUAGUAAUCAUUUUUAUGUUUUAAUCUAAACAUCACUGUAGUUCGUUUCCUUUCAAUUCGUUUUCAUAUAUUUCUUUUUCUUUUCUUUUUUUUUUUUGCUAUGUAUUUGAUUUUGUGGAUAAUUAUGAGUAUCCUGUACAAUCAUCACAAAUGUAUGUGUUAGCUAUUGAAAGUGUUUUAUACUAAGAUUAUUUUGAUGCCCUUUUAGAAUUCUUUUGUUCCAUUUUAUGAGCUUAUUUAAAACAGUAAAUUUACUACUUCCAUAUAAUACAUUAAUUAAUAUUAAGAACCACACACCUGUAGUAGUAAUUUCUCUUGUAACAAUAUUGUCAAUCCAUCGAGUUCGUUCAUUUAGCAGUUGAUAUACAAGUUUUAUGUUAAAGAAUUUUUUAAAUGGAACCUAAUGCAAUAUUUACCAUUAUCUAUGUAGACUUAAAUUACACUUCUAUGAAACAAUUUUCAUCUGAAGUAUGUUCGCAAAAGAAUAACAUAAGUGAUUGAUCAUAAUAUUUACUGAUUGGGAUACUGUGAUAGUAAUGUCAAAUGGUUUCAUUUGAAAUUUUCUUAUAUUAUAAACUUAGUCAUAUAAGCUUGAAAUCAUCAAUCAUUCUCUCAAAAACAGUAUUUAAAAUUGUGAAACAAAAAAGUAAUCGUAUCACUUGUGAUAGUUUCGAGUACAGCUCGAAUUCUAGUUGCCUUAAUGCACUAAUAAAUUAAUAACUGUUUGGUAACUAUUUUAUACCGAGACCUUGUGUAUAUUAGAAAUGAAAACCUAUUUAUACAAAGGUGCUCAUGUAACACAUUACUCCUAAUGUGCCUGUUUUUAUACAAUUCUCAUACGUAGAUCUUAAAAUCUAUUCAGUAACUAUAAUACAAUUUUAGUUCAAAUAUACGCGGACAUUGAAAACUAUAUUAUAUCUUUUUAUUGUAUAAUAGACAAGAAAAUAUGCAGACAUUGGAAUGUUUGAAAAUAUUCGUAUUUACAAUCCAUAAAAAGUACUUCUAUUUCAAUAAAGGUAAAUGGUCACAAA